AUGUUUGCGGAUGAUGUUGGAUCGAAUGAUCAAUUUAUAAGUCUUGUCAUCACAUUGAAGCGAAUUCCCAAUAAGGAUAAACAUAAACCUAUCAGAAUUGCACUAGACCAUCCGCUACUUGAUCCGAAAUCCACUCCAGUAUGCCUUAUCGUCAAAGAUCCUCAAAGUGAAUAUAAAGCUUUGCUAGAAGAGAGGAAGAUCACAUUCAUUUCCAAAGUAGUUGGUGUCGAAAAACUGAAAGGAAAACACGCCUCAUUCGAAGCUCGACGCCAGCUUAUGAACUCUCACGGUUUAUUUCUGGCUGAUGCACGAGUGAUUCCGAUGCUACCGAAGCUCUUGGGGAGCAAGUUCUUUCAAACUAAGAAGCUUCCAGUCCCUGUCAACAUCACCGAACCGAAUAAGGUCAAGGCAGAACUGGAGCGAGGAAUUUCUAGCACCUAUUUACGAUUGAGUACAGGAACUUGUGUUUCGAUCAAGAUUGCCGAUUUAAGUCGACAUAACGAAACUGAAGUGAAAGAAAAUCUUCAAAAGGUCAUUGAUCAAGUUGGUAAACGAAUUCCAUUAGGUGGAUGGACAAAUGUUCAAGGUCUUCAUCUCAAGACAGGUACUAGUACUAGUCUACCAGUUUGGUUAGCUGCAUUAACUACAGAUCAAUUUGGUCGAUUUGGAUUAGAUCCAUCUCAAGAUGAAGUGGAAACGAAGAAAGGUGCAGAAGAAAAGAAAAGGCAAGCAGUCGAUGAGAAGAGUCAAAGAAAGAAACGAAGGUUAUCGACGAUUUCGACUGAAACAGCUGUUUCUGAAUGA